AACAAAGACCACCAAAAGGACACACAGCAGGUAUCAGUAAUGGCAGCAGACGCUUUGCAGGAUCUCCGACAGCAGUGCCUCAGCCGAGGAGCCGCGGGAAUCAAGGGUCUUGGAAGGAUGUUUCGCAGUAUGGACGACGACGGCAGUAAAUCUCUCGACUUCCAGGAGUUUGUCAGAGGUCUGCAGGAUUAUGGCGUGUCUGUGGGGAGAGAUCAAGCGCAGCAGAUCUUCGCCAUGAUGGACAAGGAUGGAAGCGGCAGCAUCAACUUCGACGAGUUUCUGGAGAAAUUAAGACCACCCAUGUCGAGCGCACGGAUGCAGGUCAUCAGACAGGCUUUCCAGAAGUUUGAUAAGAGCGGAGACGGCGUCGUGACCGUGGAGGAUCUGCAGGGUGUUUACAACAGCAAACAUCACCCCAAAUACAAGAGCGGCGAGUGGACAGAAACACAAGUCUUCCACUCUUUCCUCGACAGCUUUGACUCUCCACAUGACAAAGAUGGAAAGGUGACCCUGGAGGAGUUUGUGAAUUACUACAGCGGCGUCAGCGCUUCUGUCGACAGUGACGAGUACUUCAUCUCCAUGAUGAAGAGCGCAUGGAAGCUGUAGGCUUUUCAUUUGUCAUUAGAAAUCAGAUUGGAACCUGCAAUAUUUACAUGUAGAAAUCAUGUCUCAUUAAAGGGCUUUGAUUUAGGCCUCUUGGUUUAAUGUUUCACACAUUGCUGCUUCUCAGAAGAUGGAGUUGAAUCUGAUCGAAGUUUUUAUCAGGUCAAAAUCUGGCGUUGUGAAAGACGAGAGCUUCAAAAAGGUCUUUAUUGAUUUCUCUGACAAACACUGUUCAAUCAGCUGAUAAACGCCAGCAGCUGCUCGUGUUAAACUCCGCUCAUUCAUUAGGGGUGUGUUUGUGGCGCCACCUGCUGAACACUCACGACAUGACACCAUCAAUGAAUAAAUAUCGUAAAACCA